AUGGCGGCGAUCCUCGCGCGCGCCGGCGUCACCGCCACUGCCGAGAAAGGCCUCUCGGGCCCUACGGGCCGCCGCCAGCGCAAUGGCAUCGUCGUCGCGGCGGUCACUAGAACGGGGACUGGUGUGCCACAGGAGGGGGCGCUGGAGCGGCCGGCGUGGUCCGGGGAGACCCCUCUGUCGCGGCUUGUCGGCGCUCUCGUCGCGUUCAAGCCGCUCUACUCGCUAUUGAAGCUCGCCUCCCGCGAGGUCAUCAUCAGGACGGCGGAGAAGUCGAACAUCCCGUGGAGGGAGAUGACGAAGGAGGUGCUGGAGUCGGACGUGUACGAGGUGUUCGAGAGAAUCCAAGACCCAAACCUCGCGUACCCUGACUAUUAUCUCAACCCGUUUCAUGCCUACGACGAAGGGAAUCUAUCAUGGCUGGCUGCAGCAGAGGCUGAGGCGGCAACAAUGUCAAUAGCAAAGAGGGCCAUACCUGAUGCUACAUCGAUCGAAGAGGCGAACCAAAUCGUCCGCGGGAACUGGCUGAAUGUAAUUGAGGAGCAUCAUCUCAAAUACUCGGGGAACUGUCAGGUAAAUGACAUCUUGGACAUUGGCUGCUCUGUUGGAGUAAGCACUAGAUACCUCGCCGAGAAGUUCCCUUCAGCUCAAGCUGUUGGGCUCGACCUAUCACCAUACUUUCUUGCUGUGGCGGCACAAAAGGAAGACAAAUUGUUACGGCCAAACCCUAUUCGUUGGGUUCAUGCGAAUGGUGAAGCCACUGGGCUGCCCUCUGAUUCAUUUGACCUUGUUUCCCUUGCUUAUGUGUGCCAUGAGUGCCCAGCACUAGCAAUAACCGGAUUGGUGAAGGAAGCAUUCAGGGUCCUUCGCCCAGGAGGAACAAUCGCCUUAACAGACAAUUCUCCAAAAUCCAAAGUACUUCAGGAACUAUCCCCAGUUUUGUUCACCCUGAUGAAGAGUACCGAGCCUUUCCUUGACGAGUACUACAUGCUGGAUUUGGAGGAGACAAUGAGAACGGUCGGCUUUGUUAACGUUUGCUCCAUCCUGACAGACCCCAGGCACAGAACAGUCACUGCAACCGUGCCUUACUAA